AUUAAUAAUAAUAACAUGUAGCGCACUUUUCCUAAGUAGAAAUCAAUAUUUUGGAUAGAAAAAUUGUGUCUACUGGUUAGUAUAUGGGGUCGGAAGAGUUAACUGACUAGCCAAUAAGAAGAAAGUUAGUUUAUAAAAUUUAGAGAAAAAUAUGAAAGAAUGAAAAUUGUUCAUUUGGAGGGUGGUGAUGGUGUUCUGUCAACAACACUUGUACACCACCAAUAAUGCGUUUACAUGUAUAUAUAGUAUUGUGUGUGCAAUUCUGAAAUAAAUUUCCAAUUGUUACAACUGUGCAAACUUGUCAAGUAUAAUUUCAAUCUUCGAUUAAACAACACAACGUAACACAAGGCACUAGCAACAAUUGUUGUUCUCGUUCAAAACUAAAUUCACCAAAAAGAUAAGAAGAAGAAGAGGACCUACAGAGAGAGAGUGGCAGAUAAAAGAAAGAAGAAAAAAGUAGUUACCACAACAGCUGCUGUGUAGCCCUGAACAAUCGGUACCAAAGUCAAAGCAACUGUUCAACAAACAUAAUCAGUGGAUAUACAAUUUUUGUACAAGAAAAAAAAUACCCACGUGUACAAACAUAAUCUACGAAGUCAACUGUUCCGUAACAACAGAACAGAAAAAAAAGAGUUAAUUGAACUCUUAAACAUCAUCAUCAUCAAUAAUAACUUAUCGUGUGUGUGUCAAUUGUGUGUGUGCACUUGUCAAAUUGUGUCCAUCAGAUCUAUCCUAAGAUCCAUUUAAAACACUACAAGGUCAUCUAUUAUUGAGAAGAUCAACAACUGUUCAACAAGAAAGAAAGAAAGGCAAGACAAGAAAGGCUUGUCCAAGAAAGAAUACAGGUUUCUUUUUUUCUUUGUUGUUGAACCGGUGAAUUAUCCAGCAGAGAUUGAAUUAUUCUGCCUUACUUCCUUCCGACAGUAUACGCCACGCUGAUACAAUUUCAAUCGUGUUUAGUAAAGCAAAAGAAAAGAAAUUUGAUUAGCAACUGACUCGAAGUUGACCAACUGUUGUCAUCCAAACGAGAAGGAAAGAAAGAAAGAAAAAAGUAAUCGAAGAAGAAAAUACCAUUUGCCUGUGUAACGUGUAAUACAAAAAAGGUCAUAGAUUAUACUGGACUAUCUAUAUUCAUUUUCUUGUAACAAUUGACAAAGAAGACAAUUGUUCAACCCUAGGGGAUUAUUAUUAUUCAAACUGAUCUCUACGCUAUACAGUCGAACUGGCAUCUGACAAGGCGAACUAAUAACACAUUGAACAGUUGUUCCUCAAUAUUCGAAAAGUCACAUGAAUUCAACUAUGAUUGGAGAAUAUGAACAAUUGCAUCAUACGUUCACACACUAUAAUAAUAACACUACUACUACUAAUAAUAAUACUGGUAAUAAUAAUGGUAGUAAUGCAUCAAAUGAGACAUCUUCAGAAUCCUGUCAAUUGCUGAACUAUCCUACACAGUUGAUCAAUACGACAACAACAACAGCAGGAGCAGCGGCUGCGGCGAUAGCAGCGACAACAACAUCAAAACAACAUUUUACACAUUUCACCUUACCAGCUAAUCAUCAAAUCCCACUGAUAAAUGAUUCUUAUUUCAGCGGAGAAAAUCACUCUGAAUAUGUGAAUGCAUUAGAUAGUCAUAGUAAUCAUUACAAAGUCCUGUCUUCACCAUAUUGUCACUUGUCGAAUCAAUACGCCUCAGAUUUGGAGUAUGCCAUAGGUCAACACCACUAUCCAGUUGUCACACUGAACAAUAACAGUGUUAAUAAUUCAUUUCGAUGCGGCAAUUCAUUUAUUCCUUUAAUCAAUUCAUCGCAUUACUUGUCUUCAUCAAUAACUUCACCACCGUCAUCAUCCUCAUCACUAACAAAAACACCAGUGACUACUACUACAUCACCACAAACAAUGACAGCGGCAGACACGCAUCAAUUCCUUACAAAUGAUGAUAAUGAUGAUCAGAUAGGACUGCCUAUAAGCUCACAAUUCAUUCCAACAUCUGAUGACUACAAUACUUUACUGCCAAAUGAUUCUGAAUUGUUAAAAUCAUCUGUAUUACGUCAUUUAGAUCAAUAUUCCCAGUUUGUUAAUCAAUCCCCGUUUCAAACACUUGUGCAUCAUUUAGUUGCAAAUAACAAUAACAGUACUACCACUAAGGAUAAUUCUUCAUCGAAUAUAGAUGUUCCAACUGAUUUUCAUAAUAAUAAUAAUAAUAAUCAUGAUUUCUCAAAUUCUACAUAUCUACAUGAUCAGUGUGUUGUAGAGAGAGAAUUUGAAAAGGUUACCACCGGGAAUACCGAUAGUUAUCUACACCAACGUAAACAUCAACUACAAGGGCAACAGUCUGUACCUUCCAUGGAGUAUAAUGCAUAUUUACGAAAUCCUCAAGAGACUAUAGCAUAUGAUCCAUUGAAAUCUGCCUAUCCUGAAGACUAUGCACCAAUUGAUCGAAUCAAUUAUAGAAUUGAUAAUAAUAAUAACAAGAUAAUGUCAGCAAUUCCACCAGCACCAGCAACAACAACAGCGACAACUACUGAAUUCAUUGCAGCAGCUAAUUGGACACCAGAGAAGACAACUAUCUACUCUCCCACUCAACAACACCAGCAAAAUCACCAUCGAUCAGAUAAGUACUUAACGUCAGUAAAUCAUUUCACUUCUACACCAUUAUCUGAGGCUAAUUUUUGUCAUCGUGAUAUGAAUUAUAAUACAUCGAAUUUAUUGCAUAGCACAACGCCUUAUCGUUUAUUGGAUUCAGAAGUCAAGCAUAAUCUAUCACGUAUCCCUAAAUCGUAUGAUGCCAAUGAUCUUGUCUAUUGUUUACCAAUUUCUACAGUCACAUCAUCAAAUACCACUACUGCUGCCUGUGGUGUUGGUGGUGGCGCUGGUGAAAAUUCGCUUAACCUUUAUAAUUAUGCACAAGUUAGUUUUGAUGGGCCUUCUUCAACAUCAUCCGCAGCAUCUAGAUCGUCUGGCUCCUUAGGAAAUGUUUCUUCAAACCAGUCGGAGAGUAAUAAUUCUGGAAAGGCUAUUUCCCAUCGUAUUUUAGAUGAAUUUCAAGCUCAUACCAGUAGUACUGGUAAUAAUCAAUUCAUUUCUCAAAAGUCUGAUAUCAUUAUGAGUACGCCGACAUCUUAUAUGGCUAAUAGUAACAGUAAUAAUGGUUUCCCUAAAGCACCAUCUUCCCUUCACAACACGUCUAAUAUGUCAACAGAAAAGUCUGAAAAAUAUACAAAUCCCAAUUCAAAUAAGUCGUCUACGGAAGCAGAGAAUGUGACAGGUGAUAAAAUCCCUGAACAAGUCGGACAUGAUAGACAAAAACCGCCAGUAUCGUUGUCAACCAGUCUGAAUACGCCUGUGUCAUUAAAGCGUACCAAAUCAAUAAUGCAAUCAGAUUCAACAACAUCAAAACUUUUACGACCUAGUGUACAUCAACAACCAUUGUCACCAAACUCUUCAUCGCCAUCACUAUUACGUAAACGUGGUCGUCAUUCCCAUAUGAAACAACCAAUGAUGAAUUUAGAAAAACACCAUCUAGGAGAUGGAAAUCUCAGUGGUAUACAAACCAAUCAGUCAUCAAUGAAGACACUGCCGAUGAAGACGAAUUCAUGUGAUGAGUCUGACAGUACAAGUGACGAUUCUGAUUCAGAUGAUGAAACUGAAGAAACUAAGGAAGAGCAUGUUAUUGCACCAGGUUCACAUGGCCAAUGUUUACUAUGGGCGUGUAAAGCAUGCAAAAAGAAAACAAUGCAAGUGGAUCGUAGAAAAGCGGCUACAAUGCGUGAAAGACGACGGUUACGUAAAGUGAAUGAAGCCUUUGAAACACUGAAACGUAGAACAUGCGCUAAUCCAAAUCAACGUAUGCCAAAAGUAGAAAUAUUAAGAAAUGCAAUAGAUUAUAUUGAAAAUUUAGAAGAUAUGCUACAACAAAAUGGUGUUAUCCCAAUGGGUAUGACACCGUUGACAACAGCAUUGAAUGCAAUCACUACUUCACAAAAUGAUACUAACAAUGCAUGCAAUUCAUCGAUAACUACUACAGGAAACAAUGUAAAUGUUUACUAUUCCAGUGCAUCUACAAAAUCGAAAUCUACAAUCAGUAAUAAAUAUAUUAAAGAGGGGAGUGAUCUACCCUGCUCAAUUACAAAUCAAUCACAUGCACCUAAUAGUUGUGCCUUGUCUUACUCUUGUUCUCAAGAUAAUUCUAAAUUAUCAAAUUUAAGGUGUGAUUUCAAUUCAGAAAAUGGUAAUAAACAUGAUUCUACAGAUUCUCUAACAGAUAUAUCCCUUGGCAGUUUACCAACAGAAUGUAGACCCGAUGAACAAAUGAAUUCAAUGACCAGUUCUACAUGUUCACUAAUACCGACUUCCAAGGAUUCCACGAAAUUAAUCGAUUACAAUGGUUACUCGCAUAUGUCUGCAUGGAAUAUGUGUGCCCCGUAUGAAGUGUUGGGUGUUGGCUUAAAAACUGGUGAUCCAUCUCAGUCAAUCGCGGAAAAUCGAACUUCUUCGUUACGUUGUACUGAAAGUGUUGUAAUCCCCCUGGCUGGACAUUGAUGCGUUUUUCAUGACUGGUUGUCAGCGUAAAACAGAACUACAUUUAAAAGAAAAUUUCGGCGCGAAAAUUUGAAGCGCAACUUACAAAUUCUGAAAAUAAUGAUUAUUAUUAUUCACUUUUGCUAUCUGGAAAUAACUGCACAUAUUAUCUGACCCUUGUUUUUAUUAUUAAAAAAAAUUUAUAUUUUAUUUAAUAUCUGCCUUCCUCUUUUGUACAGAAUUUCAUUCCGAAUGACCAUUUUUCAAACGAAUAACAAUAACGCAAUUUUAUAUUAUUCAUAAAAUCAAUAAUACUAAUUAAUAUGAUGCAACUAAUAUAUAUAUUUAUA